AUGCCAUCAAUAACGAUCUGCGUAUCUGUUCUUGUGGCUUCACUCGCCGCAGCCCAGACUCCAGAUGGCUUCUCAAUCAAAUCACAGCUGCCCCUUCGAAUCACGCUGAAUCCUUUAAGGACACCCGUUGUCCCAGGCAUGCUGGACCCAAUCAACGAGACUGUUGCUGCUCCAACGCUUUACGUGCCUGACUUGACUGCGAGCAACACAACAACGAGCUACACAGCGAUGAUGAUCGAUGAAGCAGUUCCGCUUUUCCACUGGCUCCAGAUCGAACUCGUCGAAGCCAGCUGCAGCAACAAGACCCUGAAGCCAGCCGCCAACUCUUCAAAUAACGGCAUUAUCACUCCAUUCGUCUGCCCUCAACCGCUGCGAGGGCAGGGGCCACAUGGCUACGUGGUGCUCCUGUUCAGGCAGCCCGAGAGCUGGUCCAUGCGGUCGAAGUACAGCAAUAUCGUUGAUCCGAAGACGCCGACCGGGUCGUGA